AUGAGACUGCGGUCGAACCACGUUCUUCCGCCAAUCUCGGAGUACAUCCCACGCCGCCGGCGCACGACGCGGAGUGCGUCGGCGCCUGGGACGGACGCAGCAUCCGAGACCACCACCACCGCGCCCGAGGCGCAAGAGACUGUGUCAGAGACUCGGUCCGCGGGAGAGAGGCCCGCUCCAAAGCGGAAGCCAGCCAAGAAAGCUGGCCGCAAGAAGAAGGCCGCGGCAAAAGGCAAGAGGGCCGCCACCGCUCCCACCUCGGAGCCUGACGCUGCCGAAGCCGCCCAGUCCCAGGAAGACCCCGUUGCACUCAUUCCGUCGGUGGAGCAACCAGACACCCGUACGUUGCCCCCCAAGCUCCCCCGGGCUCCCCCGGCCCCCCCGCACAUUUUCAGAGGACGAAUCAUUACGGCCUUCAAAUGGGGCAGUGCCAGCGAACUCCUGAAAAGGGAGCCUGAGCCAACUCCUUCCCCCCGCAAACCCCCGUCACUCACUAUGCCUGGCCACCUGGAAGAACACCCUAUGAUGAAUACCCCGGAUGAAUACCCGCUGACCCCCACGGAAGAACCCAGUAGGAAACGGAAUCGAUUGUCCGAAGAUGAUCCUUCGCCGUCGAAACGUCACAAGUUGACACUUCAAACUCCACCCGGCUUCGAAAACCGUCCUCGUGGCAGCUCUCGCAGAACGUAUGCGGAUCGUGCGCGACGACGCGAAGCGGAAAGGAAUGGACGAAUCGAUAGCACCAUUUACCGUGUCCCCGAGCUUUUGGCUCAGCAGGGCGAAGAUGCGAGAUCUGGCAAUUCGACCCCUCUGGCCUCUCACGCAUAUGAAGAGACCGCGCCCCGUGGUAAUCGCAUUGUUUCAUUCUCUUCAUUGCCUUCUGCACUUCCACCAACUCAGAAUCAAAAUCAAAACCGGACUGGUUGGGGAAAAUGGUUCUUCAACUCAGUGACUGGUCUUUGGAGACGAGGCAAUGUGCCCCAAAAUGCAGAGGUCCCACAAGUGGUUGAAACUCAACGUCCAAUGGGAAAUGGAUCUUCUUCCAUCGCAACACCCUCCUCAGCCCCCCCUUCCUCUUCCGUUAGGUCACCAAGAAAUUUCCAAUCUCCUACUCCCCGCCCACGUGCUGCAGAGCAAAACUCGCGUCUGAUAGCCAGUGCACGUGCUCCACGAGUCGGCCAAAGAAGGCAAUAUGACUAUGAUCUGUAUCCACGAGGUUUCGACCCAGCAUUGCUUGCGCGCAUGCGUGCCGGGGCAUCGGAUACUGCGGGCAUCGACACUCCAAAUUCAGAAGAAGAACUUCGUGCGAUCUGCGAGAGAGAAUCGAAGAAGCGCAAGCGAGAACCCUCUCCCGAUGUCAUUCCACACCCUCCAGGAUGUAGUUACGGGUUUGACCCAGCUUACUUCGAGAUUGAUGAGGUCGAUGAGGUCGAUGAGGUCGAUGAGAACUUGCCCACAGGCGAGCAGGGACCCCAAGAUACUACGACCAAACAAGCUACAGUCAGCGCAGCACCAGAAGAGGAGCAUGUCUCCAAGCGUGCGCGCCAAGCCACAGUCAGUGAUGCACCAGAAGAGGAGCAUGUGUCCAAGCGUGCGCGCCAAGCCACAGUCAGUGAUGCACCAGAAGAGGCGCAUUUGUCCAAGCGUGCGCGUGAAGAUAUCACGACCCAACAACCUGCACCCAGCGAUGCAUCGGAAGAGGAGCAUGUCUCCAAGCGUGUUCGCCCUGAAAAUACCCGCCUGGAAAACUUCAAUGACCAACGCGCAUUCCAGCCGAUCGAAGAUUCCGGCGACGAACUUCGCAAGGCCCGUCAGCACGCAGAGCAGUACAAGCCGAAGACCCCCAGUCGUCUUCGAGCGGCCCAUCGCUUCUCGACCAGCUGUAACUCCUUGAUUGAUGAUGACGUCCUCCGUCGCCGCAAGAUGAGAAAAACCUCCCUGACCACGGCAUGCCCUACCGGCGAUCUGAGCCAAAUCAUCUGGCCUGAGACUGAAUCUUGGAUUGAGCGCUUGGAUUUCGGCGAUCCUAACCUUCACAAAUAUCUACCGCACGCAUGGCCCUUGACGAGCGGCGGCCGAUAUCCCACCGAGGAGGCAUACAUUGACCACCACCAUGGGGUCUUCAUGAGCCGGCUUGCUACUCGGCAUGCUACUCAAUAA